AUAAAUUUUAUGGUUAUGUGUCAGAUUAAACACAAAUAAAGUGACAGUCAAUAAAAAAAUCUAGAAAAUCGUCGGCAUAAGUACCUCAGAUAACGCAUAAAUAGUGCAAUAAAUAAUCAAUAAUAAUAAGAGAACUAAACCCUUUAAAGGAUUCCAACAAUGAUUGUUUUGACGUGUAGACUUCGAGGUUAAUUGUGAACAACAUAUGUGUCAACUCUAUUGUAUUUCGUUGUGAAUUAAUUUUGUCCCGAAGUCGAUAAUGUGUUUCAACUUGAUUAUCUACAGUUAAAGACAAUGUUUGGCCUAGCAGUCGACACAGAUACUGUGGAUGACAAUGACACUUGUCUAACCACAAAAAGACACAACUCCACUGUUAUAAGCAAUGUGUAUGAAGGAAUACCUGAAACCAUAAUUCUGAAUGUUGUGUGUUGGAUCCUGCUGAUAUCUUUGUUUGCUUUGCUGAGAAACCGAGCUUGGGACUAUGGCAGACUUGCCCUGGUGCACACAGAAAAAUGGACGCAGUUGUUCUACAAGAACACUGACGACGCUGUUGCUGUCGAAGAGUCGAAUGCGGAGGUGUCAAUUAUCCCUGAUUCAGGAUGUCUGUGGUUUCCUUCAAUUUUCACCAUAAGUAGGGACAGAAUCUAUGCCAGAUGUGGGCCAGAUGCUGCACAUUACCUGUCCUUUCAAGAACAACUGCUACUCCUGUUCACCUGCAUAACCGCCUUUGCGUUAAUUGUUAUAUUGCCAAUUAAUUUCCAAGGAAGUUUGCAAGGUGACAAAACGACGUUCGGACACACUACCAUUAGUAACUUGGAGCCAACAUCACUGUGGUUAUGGGUACACAUUGCCACCGCCCUGUCGUUCUUACCUUUAACCAUAUUAAUAAUGAGAAGGAGCUCAGUGAGGAAGCCUUCGUCGACGAUGCUGGCCUCCAGAACUCUCAUGAUCACCCACAUCUCUAAGAUUCACAGGAACACUGAUGACAUCAGGAACUACUUCAUUAUUCGCUAUCCUGGGAUUGAGGUAAAGGACGUACACAUUGCUUAUAGAGUCAAGAGAUUGAUGGAAUUAGAAAAGGAGCGGGAACGAGUUCACGAAGCUAGGGUGUAUUGCAUCUCCAACAUGAAGCCUGAUAAAACAAUCAAAGUCCAACCGUACGGGUGUAUAGCUUGUUGCAGAUGCAACACUGUAAAUGCCUUAGAGUAUUACACUAACGAGGAGCAAAGAUUGAACACUUUAGUGAGUGCCGAACGUGCUAGAGCUUUAAGAAACCCCCUAGGUAUUGCUUUUGUUACUAUUAGCUCUGAUGAAAUGGCGCAUCACAUUGUCAAGUCGUUUGAACCGGGGUCACUAAGACAUUGGAAUAUUAUAAAAGCACCCACACCAUCAGACAUUAACUGGGAGAACUUAGAGAUUUCUUAUAAGAACUGGUAUUCAAAAGCCAUCUUAAUUAAUCUCAUAUUGUUCUUGCUGUUAUUCUUUUUAACAACACCCGUCAUUUUUGUUAACAUCUUGAAUGACUACACAUCUGUUCAGGAUAAUAUCAUAAAGAAAAUAAGUCCUUUAUUGUCUGAGUUUUUGCCUACGUUACUCAUUUUGUCGUUUUCCGCUUUAUUGCCUGUGCUCGUUGCUUACUCAGAUGAAUGGAUGUCACACUGGACUAAAUCCAAGCAAAACCAUUCUACAAUGUUAAAAACGUACAUUUUCCUACUUUUCAUGGUACUAAUUUUGCCAUCAUUGGGAUUAACAAGUGCCCAAGCAUUUGUUGAAAUCUCCUUUCAGAAAAAUGCAACCGUUCACUGGAAAUGCAUCUUCUUGGCCGACAAGGGUGCUUUCUUCGUCAACUACGUUAUUACAUCAGCCCUCAUUGGAACAGCUUUGGAGCUGUUAAGGUUCCCUGAGCUUGCCAUGUACGCCUGGAGGCUCCUCCGCAUUAAAUCAGAAGCUGAGAAGACGAGCAUAAGGAAGGAGAUUCUUUCGACGUUUCCAUUCGGCAUUCACUACUCCUGGACGUUAUUAAUUUUCACUAUUUCAACCGUUUAUAGUCUAACUUGCCCAUUAAUCACACCAUUUGGCUUACUAUAUUUGUGCUUAAAACACUUAGUAGAUAAAUAUAACAUUUUUUAUGUCUAUAGGCCGAUUACAAUGAGCAGUGAGGGCCAACAGAUCCACGCAAAUGCCGUAAAAAUGGUGCAAAUUCCUAUUAUUUUGCUUCAGCUCUUGAUGGCAGUAUUCUCGUUCAUAAGAGGAGGCUUAAAUCUUAUGACUUGUUUAUCUUUUAUGGGUUUUGCUAUCACCGGGUGCUUCUUUUGUGUACUAAGUCCGUUUCCAAGUUGCAGGAGGGCACAUACGAGUAUAUCGUCAAAUGCAACUGAAACUUACGAACAGUAUAUGGCGCCAGUUUUGUUCACAUCCGAGAAUAUCAAUUCUAUAUCUAUACAAAAUUCUCAGUCGUCCCCUUCCUAUGGUUCAUCCAAUGAUAUCUCAGUCAGGAUUGGUCAGGAGGUUGGUAGCAGCGAUGCCUAAUUUCUUUUUAAUUUUCUGUUUCUAAAGGCUGUGACUAAAGUUAGGUAUAGAAAAUUGUAAACUGGAAUUACAGCUUAUUCGGGCAGGAUUUGGAUACUUCUAAAUGGGAUCUUGAUCAUUCACUUGAUGGAUUUUUAUAUCAUAUUGCAAUAAUGUGUUUAGACAAAAUGUUUCCACAAAAAUGUACUGUAUACGUUGGUGGUUGGGAAACAUUCUGGUGAUGUCUCGGUGUUAUUAACUUAAAACUAAAAGGACAACUACAUACACUUUCUUUCAGUGUUUUAACUAAAAUUUUAUUAUAGUCUAAUUAGGCGUCUAAUUAAUCAACCUUUUUAUAAUAAUUAACUAUGAUUUUUAUUAUUUUACAUGUAUUGAAAGCAUAUUUAUUACUAGCAAAAUCAGUAUCCUUUUCUUAUGUCUAAUUAUGAAAAAUUCUUAGUCUAUCUUUGUGAUAAAUUUACAGAUUGAUAUAUUAUACAUAUAUAAAUAUUAUUUUCGCAUUGUACCUUAUCUAAUAAACUUAUUUAUAAAACUCA